GGCAAACGAUCCACGAUCGACGACACAUCAUCGACAAACAAACCACAACGACGACGCAUGGACGGAUCAGCGGACUCCGUGCGCGAUUUUCAUUCACUUUUCAUCUAACUUCUCGCUCGGUUCUCAAAAAUAUAUAUAUUUAUGUAUAUAUAUAUGUGCAUACAUCUAUAGAUACUACUAACCCGACCAGUAAUAAACGAGCCAACCGGCCAGCGGUUUCCCAACUGCCCAGCGGUUCGUUCGGUACCCCAGCAGUCCAGCGGCGGCAGUUGGAAGGAAAACUCAUCAUUAUCCGUAAUAAUCGUUAAUGUUAGAACUGUACCGCUCCCCGCAAUUGACAAAACCAAACGUCGCGCUGUCACGUAAUGCCCAUUCAAUUUAAUUUCAUAAUUAAGUUUUUUGGAAUAUAUCGUACUGAGUGUGGGAAAAGUGCUGUCGCCAUUUCUCGUGAUUUUUUGGCAAGUAAGGAAUAUGAAAAGUGGACGAGAGUGUGUGUUAAAUUAAAUCACCGCAUUAUAAAUAACUUGGGAAAUUUUUAAAUCUAAAAUAUAUUCACGCCAAAUAGAUAUAUAUCUGCGAGUAUAUAUGUGGAUAUAUGUGAACGCGCCAAGUAAUCGAAGCGACAAAAAAUACGCAAAGUUCGAAAAAACGCGACAGAGUGCGGGACAGUGUGUGUUUGCCAAAUGUCACUUGUGUGUGCGUCACUGAAGAUAAACCACGAGCACAUAAAAAAACGCACACACAGACCGACAGGUCCGACAUAAAAAUAUAUAUUAUUCUAUUUACGCGCGUGUCUUGUAGCCAAAAAGUAAAUCUUAACCAGCCGCAUCAGAAGUCACAAAAUGGAGUCGAAACGCUCGAAAAAAGGACGCAAAUCUCGGUCAGCUCAAGAUGAGAAUUCUUCAGAACAGCAGCAGCAGCAACAGCAGCAAAGUCAUCAUCAUCCCUGGGACGAAGGCCUUUCAGCAAAGAGUCCCCAAACAAAUAGAGUAAUUCCCAGCACGGGCACAGCACUGACCCGAUUCCUGACCUGUAUGGCACCAGUGAUUGUGUCGCUACCUGGCGCUGGAACUAGCCCCACUGAGCAGCCGACCAUACUCCUGAUCAACGGCAUCGCCAGCGAUACUCAGCUAGAGGAGAAGCAAUCGAAAGCAGCCGCCUUGAAGUUAGCCCUCGAUAACAACAACACCGAGGCACCCCAGCCGCAUAUAGUGCCCACUACUCCCGGUGGCUCACAUCUCCUGGACUUCGAGUCCCAUCUCAUCGAGAGCAUUGCAGACGCAGAAGCCAGUGGCGUUGGUAUUAGGGAGUUAACACCCUUCGAGCAGGAACUACAGCAGGGCACCUCAAAAGUAGACACAAAUGACACGGAACCAGUUAUCGAGGUAGAGCCAGCUGGUGCCAAGACCAAACAGCCUGUGGAAAUUUCACCGCCGACACAUCAAAUCGCCGAGGUUGACGAGACGGCGGCCACUCCGUCGGAGGAAGUACGUCGCACCGCCGAGCAAUUGGUGGAUGAGAUCGAACAGGAGCUAAUCCAGGCACUCAACCGGGAUGUAGACGAGGCGCAACGUUUGCACAAGGAACAGAUCCAGCGAGAUCGCGAGGAGAUCAGCUCACUCACCCAACAGGUUGAGGUGCAGCUAAAUGAGCUGACCGGCAUCUUGAAGAACAAGCCCCAGGCGGAGAUUGUUUUGGAACUACCGACUGAGGAGGAAGAGCAAAAGCCAAAGCCAAUUGUCGCUGCUCCCAAUGAACUGAAGCUUGUGGAGGUACCCACUCCAAAGACCGAAGCCGAGGAGCAGGAACGCAAGGAGUUCAUUGACUCACUGCCCCAGAUUGAACAGAAUCGCCUGCAGGGUGUAGGAUCGGAGGAGACUGAUGCUCAGAAACUAUCGGCGGACUGCAAAAGGGAAUACUAUCAAUCCCUCAAGAAGUACCUCCUGCACAGCAGCCAGGAGAAGCCACCAGUGCCACUACAAACAUAUCGCUGGGAGGACCUGAAACGAGCCAAGGAACGGGGUGGCUAUCCGUGGACACAUCUGUACAAACGGCCACUGGGACCCGACGAGCAGCCGGAGAUUGUGCUGCUCCUGCGAAAGUCCCAGGAAUUGCGCUUCAAAUCUGAGUCUCCCAAGUCCCUGAAAAAGGUGCGCUACGACGAGCAGGUGCUGGUCAAAGAAACCGAACGUUACAUCCAAGAUCUUUCUGAGGACGAGGCAGUAGCCACCACCACCGACGACAGCAGUGAGGAGUCGUCGGAUUCGGAAACCGAAUCUGAACGGGAUCAGCACAACGAAGACGCUCUAAGCGAGUGUAUCUCCUGCGUUUCCGACUCCGUGCUUGCGGUUGGAGGUCACGCCCGACCACGUAAGACGAAUCGCUUGGCGCACAUCCGUGACCUGAUCCGGCGCAGGCGCAGCGGACGCACUCACGAGGACGCCCAGUCACUGCCUGGAAACUCCGCAAAUCCCAGUCGACAGAGUAGCCUUCACGAACUUGCUCCGCCACCAGGCUCCCUAAUCCCGAACACCGAUAAGCCUUCGAAGUCAAGCAAACCCAAGCAGGGCUUCGACAUCAUGAAGAAGCUGAAGAGCUUGGCCGAGCGGCAGAAGAAGCGUUUGAACAUAAAGAGGAUCACCCUUAAAAAGGAGGACAAGAUCGUUUUGGGGGAGCAGCAGAAGAUCAUGAAGCUGAAAGCUUCCCCCAAGUCUGAUCGCAGCGAGAUCCCACAUUUUAUCGAGAAGCAGGACUCCGAUGAUGUCCUGGAACUGGUGGAAUACGACGAGUCGCCAUGCCGCAAGCGCACCAAGGAGGAGUUGCUGGAGGAUCAGCCUAGUGCCAGUGGAAGCGGUAGAGUGCCAGAGCCCGACGAGAUCAUCGAGCUGCCAGUGAUCAAGACUGAAGUAGAUGCUCCCACAUUAGAGGUCACCGAGCCCGCAGAGGAAAAGCUGGAAAACAAAGCUGAAAAAGAAUCAGAGGUUGAGGAGGACCCGCCCAAGAAAACACCUCGCGUCCGGCGGGAACAUGUCUACGAAGAGAUUGGCCAAUUGGGAUCUCAGGAAUUGGUGGAUCAACCUAUCGUGGAACUGGAAUCUCUUAAGAAAUCCCUGAUGCGUCAGGACAACCUUACGAUUGAUGAGAUCGAGGCAGCCAAGGCAGUACCCCUAGAUCGCAUGGGUAGCAGUGAGGAAGAGCAGGUGACCGCCGGCAAGCCAGGUGCCCUGUUUGCCCCCAUCUCCUCCAUAGACUCUACCUCCUCUGAUGAGGAGCGUGCCCGCCUGGCACAGCUGUCACCAGUGACCGAGGAGAGUGACGAACCCAUGGAUAUUAAUCUAGAUCUGCGUCCGUCUCUGAAGAAAGAGGCAUCGCCAGCGCCCUCCGACAAGAAGGUGACCUUUUCCCAUGUUGAGGACGAAGCGGAACCCCAUCGCGAGGAUGUCGAGCUGCCCGAGGAUGUUCUGGAGGCGGCUACCAACGCGGCCAAAUGGAAAAAUGAGAGUGAUCAUGAAUACGAGCCCGUGGGCGUGACGCCGGCGCACGAACCCUCGCCAGCACUAAGUCCCCAAAACGAAUUGCACCUGCCCAUGGACAUCGAUGUGGCACUCAGUUCCGGUGGGACAACGCCGCGCACAGAAUCCCGUACCGACUACGAAAUUCACACCAGUCAAGUGGACUCGAGCGCUUUGGAGGAGUUGCCUUUGCAGCCGGAGAACCGUCGCAAGGGAUUCAUGGCUUCGGCCCAGGAUCGCACCAAAAAGAUGCAGGAUGGCAUCCGUCAGCAAGCUGGGAAAUUACGCACACGACUUCAAACCAAGCCUAAGCCCAAACCGGUUUCCGGAAGUCCAAAAGCAAAGGCUAAGGAGCGUAGGCGCUUCAAGGCUCCCGAGUUCUCGAAAAUCAAGAUGCCUGAGAUAAAGCGACCGGACAUGUCCAAGCUGAAGGAAAUAAAGCGACCCGAGUUCACCAAGUUCAACAAGCCGGAUAUGUCUAAAUUCAAGUUGCCGGAGAAGUUCUCCACACUGAAGUUGCGUCGUAGCAAGAGUUUUAAGGAGAACGAGGGGGAAGUGGUUUCCGAUGAGACUCCAGAAGGCACGGGGGCCACAGCAUCGCCCACUCAGUCUCAGCCGACGCCCAAAAAGAAGUUCGAGUUCAAUUUUGGUACCUAUCCACGUGCCUUCCGCAAAAAGAAGCCGGUUGAGGAGCCAGCUCCCGUGGCCAUGGAGUCAUCAUUGGGAACAGAAGGCUUAAGCGUAAUUCCCAGCACGGAAACGCAACCAUCACAGACAUCAACCAGCUCUCCUCAAGGGGAUCGUGGACCCGGACCCGUUCGCUCCCGCUGGGCGGAUAAGUUCUCGGACGUGAGUUACAAUGACAGUGAGGGAUCUCGUUAUAGACGAUACGGGAGCGAACUGGAAAGCUUUGACAGGGAAUCCUCCCUAGAACGCCGCAUGAAGGAGGAUCUCGAGGGCACCGAGGACACGGCUAGUGAAGCUCAGCCUCAACAGGAGAUGGGCAUCCUAGGUGUAGUUGCCGAUAGCAAACAGUUUGCCGAAUUCGAUGAAGAGAACCGCGCCAUUCACGAGAUAUCGAGCAAGAGGUCACGGGAGUUUAAGCGUCGCCCCAUGGUUCAUCAGGAUUCGGAUCUACGUUCAGAGGAUAGCAGAGAUGCCGAAGGUUGGACGGAGAAAGAUAUUCAGAAGAACAAGCUCCUGAGGAAAGCAGAAUUGGAAGCGGAAGCUGGAUUUUACAAGUUCCACGACUUGCAGGAUGCUCAAUCCACAGCUAGUUCUGGCAAAAAGGUGGUCAUGGAGACAAUCGAUGACGACGAGUUCUUCCUGCGCAAGCGUGGCAUUUCCGAAGAUAACAUUCAGCUGCGACAAUACAUCAGUGAAGCCAUUCGCGAGGGUUACGACAUGCCCAAUGCAUUGAAGCACGUUGGUUAUUCCGCUGAGCAGGUUCCGACAGAAUAUGGUGACUACGAUGUGCCGCCGGCCAAACCACGUCGCCUGCAUCGAAACUACCAACCGGACUUCGACUCCCAGGAGUUCCAGCGCAGCGAUUAUGGAGACGAUCUCUCAAUGUCUCAAAAUGGUAGUGAAUUUACACCAAAAAGACCACUUCGCAAAGCCCGUAGUCGCAGCAAAUACUCCAUUGAAGGCAGCCAGGAUAUUCCCCAUGAUGGCGGAAGCAGCAUUCAAUACUUUGACGACGAUGAAGAGUACCUUCGGCCACCGGUUAGGGAUCAACCGGUUACAGACUCCGAGCAAGCACUUAAUAACCUCGAUUUCGGCGGCAAGGCGGCGACGAUGAUUCAGGAGGAACUGGAGCAAGAGCGACAGAAACCCCGUCCGCAGGCACCGAGGCGCCAGAAGAAACGCACAAGGGAUGACGCAUCUGUCGACAAGGAUGCGGACUCCUUCAUCAACGGCUUCGGUGGAAGAUCAGUAUCGAACACCUUUUUGCAGCCACACGAAGAUGUAAUUGUUUAUCGCACUGAACACGAAUAUCGUCACAUACCGCUAGCCACGCCGGAUAGAUUUACGGACGCCACAUCGGCCCGAACGCAACGUUCUGAGGACGACCGAACUUCGCGUGGUGCCGACUCCCUGAUUUUGGACGGGCACAUAAAGUCAAGACCCGAGCCGGAGGACAACGAGAAUGUGGGCCCAAGGACAAAGAGCGACGAGAAGUUCGUUAUCGACAUGCUGGAGAGCGAUGGCUACGCGGUGGUCCGUAAGGAGACGCUCCCGAAGCCAACACCACCUGCCCGCCGGAAGAAAUUUACACGAUCGCCAGGUGAACGUUUCGCCACGUUGCCAAGCAUUCGUGGUUCACGAGGAUCCCCGCCACCGGCUCGACCACCGCCGCCACAGCAAUAUGUGCCCACUGAGGACUCUCCACUGGUGCCACGCCGCAGAUCCGCGGCCAGCAUGGACGAGAUUCCUUUGAUGAUCAAGUCGAACUACGAGUCACAGAAGCAGAAUCAGCCGGAAGAGGAAGAUGACUACGAGGAGCCGGGGGCCUUGGAUCGCUCCAAUCUUCAAUCAGGCGCAGUCAUUAACAAGAUGAAGUUCCGCCCGUUGCCUCCGCCCCCGCGUCCUCCACGCGAGAAGCGGUCCACAAGGGCAGGAAGCCAGACAUUGGAAAGUUACGAGGACAGUGAACAAGUUGCCAGUUCUAGCCAGGCGGAUAGCUACGACCAGGGUGAGUUCGAGGUGGAGGUGUCUACCCAGACUGACCCUCUGCCCGAUGAUUUUGUGUGCGAGGAGUUUGAAAUCACAGAAGAUAUGAAGAUCAUUGAACCACGACGCUCCAAUGGGUCGGGUAAUAAAACUCUCGAGGAUCUGUUGCGCAGUGUGGAGGCAGCUCAGGAACAGGAUGUGGUGGAUGGAGCUCGAGUUCUGUCGGAGGACGAACAGCUGGCUAAGGGUCUUCAGAGAUUCCGUGACGCUAACCAACGCAGCAUGUCGGAAAGAUCUCGGGCUUCCUCCCAGGCGGAUCGGUCUAAGUCGCUGAGUCGGCCACAAACGCCUUCGUCGGCGGUGAUAAUUGAGCGACGAGUGCCCACUCCCAGUCUAACUGCUGGCGAAGAUGACGCCGCUGUGCAGGCCUCGCUGAUUGUAAGGCCAAUCAGUGCAUCCGAUUUGAUAGACGACGACCUUCGCCGUGAAGAAGAGGAAUUACGUCGCGAGGGCUUACUAUCAGACAGCUCGGUGCAAAGUAAAUCCGACGUAGAGGAUGAACAUGGUGACGUGGCAUUGAGUGACUAUGCCGCCAGCUCCGCAGACUUGGAUGCAGCGGUGGAGCAAUUGCAGCAGGCUCAGCUGGAAAGUGACUAUGAAAGCCGGCUAGAAGAUGAUGAGGUGGAACGAACCCUCAGGGACAGCGAGUACGAGGAGGAAAAGUAUUCGGAACAGGAAGAAGAGCAAGAAAUAUCGCGAUUGGAAAAGGAACUUACUGAGCAGGAACUUGAGGAGGCCCUAGAAAAAGAACUGCAGGAAGCCAUGGAGAAAGAACUGUCUGACUACCGCCAAAAAGAAGAAGAGCAAGAGCAGGAGCAGACCUUCUCCGAAGAAGAGUUGGCUGCCUCUGAGAUCGAUUACCACCAAUCUGAAGAGGAACGAGCCACAUCCGAGGUGGGUUAUCACCCAUCUGAGGAUGAACAUCCGUUGUCCGAUGGUGAACAGCCACUUUCUGAGGAAGAGCAUACUCUCUCUGACACGGAACAGCCUGAGACCGAACUCCCAGCAGUUGAGGAACCAAUUCAGAAAUCCACCGCUAUUGAACCCACCACGGCUGAAGUUGAGCUCAAAUUUGUGGCCACUUUGCCCACCGAACCUGCUUUUGAAGACAAAGAGGAGGAAGUGGAGGAGGCUCCUUUGCCACCACCACGCCGCAAGUCUACGACAGCUCUAGAACCAAUUGCCACCACCGUCCUAACCAUUGCCGAACAGUCCAGCCGUGAACUUACGCCUAUUCAAACUUUGCAAUCUCCGCCAGAACCGCAAAUCCCUAGCCGACUUGCCGAACUGGAGGUCGAACGGCUGCGAGUACAUGCCCUACAGGCUGGUCAGAUCCAGGUAUCGCAGCUUCACGGAGGUCAGAUCAAAGCAGAUGAUCUGGAAUGCAAGUCUGGACAACUGGUAGUGCAAAACAUUGAACUGCCACCCGGAUUUAUUGAUGACAUUGUAGAGCGGGUACGAGAACAGCGUCCUUCUUUGCUGACCACCGAAACUCAGACUAGCCGACAGGCCAGCAGCGAACCCGCCACCUCCGAGAAGGAGUUACCUGUAAAACCACCACGUCAUAGCAAGACCACCGAGCAAUCGCCACAGGUUGCCAAUCUGGACGAGCAGACUCAAACGGAGGCUGGUCUAUUACCUCUGCCUCCACCGCCAUCGGCUUAUCCCAGUGUAGAGUACCUCCAGUCCUUGGCUCCACUUGCCUUCUACAAUCUCCAGCGCAGCGCUGAGGCUGAACAGGCGGAAGCCCUAUCAGCAGCCGACCGAAAAGCACCACAUAAAUGUCGACGUCGUCAUGUACAGGAGCACUUGGAGCCAGAAUCCGGUUCUGAAGUAGAGGAGCACUUAGUAGAGCGACCACGUUCACGGUCACGGCGAUCACGUACCCGUAGUGCCACCCAGCCUCUGGAAGAAGACUACGACGAGGAUCAGCCUAAGACAGUCGUUCUGGCUGGCCGACAGUUCAUCUCCGCCUGCAGUCUGGAGUUAGUUAACAUUAUUAACCAGCUGACGCAUUACGUCCGCGGCGAAGCGGUGGAACCACAGCAGGCCCCACGUAACAUAUCUGCACUGAUGGUGCUCUUCAUCCUGAUCACGUUCGGAGUGUUGAUUUUCCUGCUAACCGGACGACAGGUGCACACACACCACUGGGACUACUUUAAUCCGCCUGGAAACGAACACGGUCGGCAAGCGUGAGGGACUGUGGGGAGUCCCAACAUGGUUUUGCUAUUCUUUGGGGCGGUUUUGCAUUUUGGAGCAUCGAAUCCGGCCAAGAGUCUUGGCGGGAAGAAGAAACGAAUUUAAACGCGGCCAGGUGUCCGUUCGAAACUUGAAGGCCUUAAUGAUACUAACGAGAAAUUACUUUAGGAGAGGUGCGCCAAUGGGGGCGGAAAUGGGCGAGGGGAGUGCCCGUGCUACUAGUCACACAAAACAAUCGAUACCAGAAUCCCAGUUCAAUGAUCCAUCAUCAGACACAUACCGACAUCUAACUUGUACUAACAAAAAAAUAUAGAGGGAACAUUUUUCAACAUUGUCUACCAACGAUAUAGAGAUCUAUCUAUGAAAACAGCAGAGCAACAGAAGCAACGACCAUGUAUUAACUAUGUACUUAACAAUGCUAUGUACAUAGAUUUUUCAGUUUCAUGCGCAGAAGGAGCGAGGACCACUAAUCCAAUAAACACAUUAAACAUUUUGUUUGCUCAUUUUUUCUACCACAUAAGUCAAAGCGAGAGAUUCAAUUGUUGAAUAAAUUGUUGUUUAAUUUAGACCAAAAAGUAGGAAUUAAUAUACAAAACACACUCUUUUUCAUUGAAUUCAUUUGAACGUUAUAAUUUGAAAUGCGAGUACUUAACCAGAAAGUGAACAUAUAUACAUAAAUAUAUAGAAGCGUAUUUUCAAUAAAGCAAAAUUAUAUAAAAUAAAAA